UCACACAGAGCUCUAGUAAAGUGUGGUUUCUGCUCCCAAAUUCUCAGCCAUCACAAAGCGUUUUGCUCUUAUGAUUUCCCGGUUUUUGGGACCCACUUUACCUACCCUCCACAGGCAUUUUGCUCUUGUUUCCAUGGUUUUGCAUCAAUUUCUGGUGUAAAAAUCUAUACUUGUCCACUUUAUAGUUUGUCAAUCACCCUUUUCUUCCGUUGGGAAUUCUCGAAUCCUAUUUUCCUCAUUUAGGUUCUUUUCAUUUCUCAUAAUUCUCAUCUGGGUUAUCUCACUCUCAUUCUUUCAGUAAAACUCUGUUCUUGUUUGCCAAAGCGAGAUUCUUUUUUCUUGGUUUUUAGUUCUUCCCACUUCCCAAAUUAUCUUGUGGUUGCUAAUAAAGAAACUUCUUUUUUCGAUCUUUUUGGUUUAUCAUCAGACAUAGUGUCUAGCGCCGGAAAAUGGCUUACAUUGCUUCUUCUUCUUCACCUUUUAUCAUUGAAAGCAAAAGAGAAAAUAGACCCGUUUUCCCUUUCUCAACUUUUAGGCCAAGAAAGAGUACAAGCUUGGCUGUUUUGAAUGGUUCGACAUGUGGGGUUUCUUUGUUUUCUAAUAAAGGACAGCUUUGGAGGUUUAAGCCUGUGAGAGUGGCUGGCUCUUUGGAUGGUGUAGGUGGCGGCGGUGAUGACUCGGAAGAUACAUUUCAGGCUACUAUUGAGAAGAGCAAAAAGGUUCUUGCUAUGCAAAGAGACCUACUUCACCAGAUUGCAGAAAGAAGGAAAUUGGUUUCAUCCAUAAAAUGUAGCAUUACUGACCAAGAUGAAGAUGAAGUUUUUCAUGAACAGAGGGAUAACUGUCUUCCCAAGGUGGAUCUUACUUCAAGCAGCUCUGACAAAAUGGAUGAAAACAACAAUGGCAGCAUUCUUUUGAGCAGUCGUGUUAAUUUAACCAUGAAGGAUGUACCAGAGAUCCCACUUCCUGAUGAAGUUGGACGAGAACCUGAACAACACUUGGCUCCAGAAAAGGCUUCCUCUAAUAUAGGUUCUUCCAAACAGUUGAAAACCACUGAUCAUAAACCAUUAAAGUCUGAUGUGCUUCCUUCUUAUCUCUCAAGUUCCUCUGACACUGCCCGACUUGCAGUUGAAGAGAAUGAAACUUUGACUGAAGCAGGUUUGGAAGAGGUUGGUGAGGUAGAUGAUCCUGCAAUUGAAGAUGAAAAACCCCCACCACUAGCUGGUGCAAAUGUCAUGAAUGUUAUAUUAGUAGCUGCAGAAUGUGCCCCGUGGUGUAAAACAGGUGGCCUUGGAGAUGUUGCCGGUUCUUUGCCAAAGGCUUUGGCUAGACGUGGACAUAGGGUUAUGGUUGUAGCACCUCGAUAUGCUGAUUAUGCUGAACCUCAAGAUACAGGAGUUCGAAAGAGGUAUAAGGUGGAUGGCCAGGAUGUGGAAGUAUCAUACUUCCAAGCCUAUAUUGAUGGUGUGGAUUUUGUUUUCAUGGAUAGUCCGAUGUUUCGCCAUAUGCAGAAUAACAUAUAUGGAGGAAACCGACUGGACAUUUUGAAGCGCAUGAUACUGUUUUGUAAGGCAGCUGUUGAGGUUCCUUGGCAUGUUCCAUGUGGGGGUGUCUGCUAUGGAGAUGGAAAUCUGGUUUUCAUUGCAAAUGAUUGGCAUACUGCUUUGUUGCCAGUGUACUUGAAGGCAUAUUAUCGCGACAAUGGUUUGAUGUCGUUCACUAGAUCUGUUCUCGUUAUCCAUAAUAUUGCUCACCAGGGUCGGGGGCCUGUGGAGGAUUUCCGCUAUGUGGAUCUUCCAGAACACUACAUCGACCUUUUCAAGUUACAUGACCCCGUUGGAGGUGACCACUUCAAUAUCUUUGCAGCAGGACUAAAGACAGCUGACAGAGUAGUCACUGUUAGUCAUGGAUAUGCUUGGGAGCUUAAAACUUCUGAAGGUGGUUGGGGUUUGCAUGGGAUAAUAAAUGAAAGUGACUGGAAAUUGAGGGGAAUAGUGAAUGGAAUUGAUACAAAGCACUGGAAUCCACAGUAUGAUGUUCACCUCAAAUCAGAUGGUUACACUAACUACUCCCUGGAAACACUGAAAACUGGCAAGGCACAGUGCAAGGCAGCCUUACAAAAGGAGCUUGGGCUGCCUCUUCGUGAAGACGUCCCACUGAUUGGUUUUAUUGGGAGACUGGAUCACCAAAAAGGUGUUGAUCUAAUUGCUGAGGCAAUUCCCUGGAUGAUGGGCCAGGAUGUGCAACUAGUCAUGUUAGGCACUGGCAGACCUGACCUAGAAGAGAUGCUUAGGCAGUUUGAAAACCAACAUCCUGACAAAGUGAGGGGAUGGGUUGGGUUCUCCGUAAAGACAGCUCACCGUAUAACUGCUGGGGCUGAUAUUUUACUCAUGCCAUCAAGAUUUGAGCCUUGUGGAUUGAACCAACUGUAUGCUAUGAACUAUGGAACAAUUCCAGUUGUUCAUGCAGUAGGUGGAUUGAGGGACACUGUGCAGCCCUUCAAGCCAUACGAAGAGUCAGGGCUGGGGUGGACAUUCGAUAGUGCGGAUGCAAAUAGGUUGAUACAUGCAUUAGGGAACUGCUUGUUGACUUAUCGCGAGUACAAAAAGAGUUGGGAAGGACUGCAAAGGCGGGGUAUGAUGCAGGACCUCAGCUGGGACAAUGCUGCUGAGAAGUAUGAGGAGGUCCUUGUUGCUGCCAAAUACCAGUGGUGAGCUCUGUUCGUUGUCAACGGGGCGUACAUAGUUUUGACCCUGUGUUGCUAGCUGAGUACGUUGACUGCAGCAGCGCCUGGGCCUGUUCCUGUUCCUGUUCCUGUUCCUGUUCCUGAAGAUGCUCAGCAUUUUUUUUCUUCAGUUUUAUGUGUUAAAAGAUUGGCUUAGUAUUUCAUUUGAGACCCUCUUCCUCUUCUGUUGUACAAAAGAUCACCUGGCCAAAUUUUGAAUAAAAAAUCUAAAAUAGUUUGACCUCA